UGCCCGGUAUAAAAUAAGUCUCUCUCCUUUGUGGUACUACAUUCGUUUUUCCAUCUUUCUGUCCCUGUCUUGACCUGCUGGUCUACUUUUUUUGCACUUUCAGCCCCCGGAGAUCCUGAGGAAAGAUGACCUUCUACGAUGACAUUUACCCAUUCUACCCCCUACCAAGAACCUCCUUUAUCUUCAGCACCCACCUCCUCACCAUUAUCCUGGUCUUCCUGGUCCUCACGGUCAGCUUCCUUCUUAUUCUGCCAGGUAUCAGAGGCAAGUCGAGACUGUUCUGGAUGUUCAGAAUCAUCAUCAGUUUCUUCAUAGGCGUGGUAAUCGUAGCACUGAAUUUCACCAGUGACUGGGCUGAGGCCCGAACCACCACCAACGCUACCUACAAGUCGUUCAGCAGUGAGGAGGUGAACGCUGAGGUGGGCCUGCAUGUUGGACUGUACGGCAUCAACAUUACUUUAAGAGGGAAUCCUGUGAAUCAACUGAACGAGACCAUCAACUACAACGAGAUGUUUGAGUGGAGAGACACCAUCGACGAGGAGUACGAGGAUGCCCUAGAGAGAGGUCUACCUAACCCCAUCCUCUAUAUCGCUGAGAAGUUUACCCUCAACAACCCCUGUGGUCUCAUCUACCAGUAUAGAUACUCUGGGCACUACGCCUCGGCCACUCUCUGGACAGCGUUCUGCUGCUGGAUGGUAGCCAACGUGCUGUUCUCCAUGCCUGUCAUCCUGUACGCCGGCUACAUGAUGGUGGCCACUGCCGCUUUCAUCUUCUUCUCCAUGGCCUCCUUCUCCACCAUCAGGAACCUGCCUACCUGUCUGUUCACCAUAGGCACCUCUGGAGCCUUCCAGACAGAGUACAGCGGUUCUUUCUGGCUGGCACUGGCCACAGGUGUCCUGUGUCUGGUCAUCGGAAUCCUGGUGGUUCUGCUGGACUGUCUGAUCCCUGAGAAGAUACGAGAGGCCUUCAGCGUCGAGGUGGACAACGACGAAGAUGAAGAUGUUUAUUUUGGAGAGGGAUACCUGAACUCCAACUUCCUGGCAAGCGUAACCACCACACCUUUGACAACCUUAGUACUUCCUACGGAUGAAAUUCAGAAGGACAGCCACCAACCGUCACUCCAGGAGCUGUCAAUCGCAAUGUGACCUAACGUAGCAGGUGUAAAAACACACCUGAGCGGAGUUCCCACAUCUGGUUUUCAGCAAAAAAAAAGUAUAUCCCUGAAAACCGGACACACCCGGUUGUUGGCAACUCCUCUAAGUCAGAUUGGAGUCAGAUUCAUAACCUCACUCCCCAGCUUGAAAGGUCUCUACCGCACUAUUGAAUCCCUAGCCUUUCGACAGCGUAGUUGGUUAAAACGUUGUCAAGGUCACGGGCGAGACAUUAGCCUCUGUCGAGUCCCCAACAACCGGAUGUCCUGGGUUCCAGUCUGGCUGUGAGGCGACGAGGGAGGAAGUGGUACUGCUAGACUAGCACAGUGACCUCCUUUACAAAGGCCUCUUGUACUGUACUGUAAAUAAUGUGUAUAAAAUGUGUUCUACUCUGUCAAUGCCAUAAUUGGUUGUUAUUAGAUGAGUUGUAUUAAAUGUCAUGUACAAAUAGUGUACGAAAAUGUAUUUUAAAAAAUUGCGAGAUUCACACACAUUUUUUUUUUACUGGAGAUAAUUGAGUCAGGUAUUCAAGUAAUUGACGAUGUGCUUAUUGUGUUAUAACCAAAUGGCACCCUAUUCCCUACAUAGUGCACUACUUUUAACCAGAACCCCUAUGGCUCAUAGUGCACUAGGGAACAGGUGCGACAUUUUGGAGCACAAUAAGUGACUUUACAUUUGUUUUUUGUUUUUUUUACAUAUUUGACUUUCAUGUUCAUCAUUGCAUGUAAUAAAUGUCAUUUUUUUAUUUAAAACACAUUUGGAAAGCAAUAAUUAGUCUUGUUACCGGUUUUGUCAAUCAUAUUCUCAGCAUCUCACAAUACAUUCGUACAGUAAUAUACAAGUUAAUACAUUCUCGUUGUACCUGGUCUGGCACACAAAUGGCACCCUACUCUCUUUAAAGUUCACUCCUUUUGAACAGAGCGCUGUUGGCACCUGGUGAAAAAGUAGUGCACUGUAAGAGGAAUAGGGUUCGGUUUGGGACGGCCUGAUGUUUAAGGCCUGAUGUUUAAGGUAAUCAGUCACCUAAAUAUAUGUGUAAGAAGAACCCACGUUUCAGUAAUAUCUUUGGCCUUCAUCAUUACCGUAAUAUUAUAUACCCAUUACCGUAAUAUUAUAUACCCAUUACCGUAAUAUUAUAUACUAUUACCAUAAUAUUAUAUACCCAUUACCGUAAUAUUAUAUACCAUUACCGUAAUAUUAUAUACCCAUUACCGUAAUAUUAUAUACCAUUACCGUAAUAUUAUAUACCAUUACCGUAAUAUUAUAUACCAUUACCGUAAUAUUAUAUACCAUUACCGUAAUAUUAUAUACCCAUUACCGUAAUAUUGUAUACCAUUACCGUAAUAUUAUAUACCAUUACCGUAAUAUUAUAUACCAUUACCGUAAUAUUAUAUACCAUUACCUUAAUAUUAUAUACUAUUACCGUAAUAUUAUAUACCAUUACCGUAAUAUUAUAUACCAUUACCUUAAUAUUAUAUCCCAUUACCGUA